AUGUCAAAGCUAGGUGCAUUCGAUGCAUUCCCAAAAACUGAAGAAGAGCAUGUUAAAAAAUCUACUCGUGGUGGUUUAAGUUCCAUACUUACAUACUUAUUUCUAUUAUUCAUGAUCUAUAAUGAAGUUGGUAGAUAUUUCGGUGGAUUCAUUGAACAACAGUAUAUUGUAGAUAUUGAGAUACAAGAAAGGGCACAAAUUAACUUUGAUAUAUUCCUCAAUACUACUUGCGAUUUAAUUGAUGUUCGAAUAGUAGACUUGACUAGUGAUAACAUGAAGAGAAGCGUUUCUGAUGAGAUUAGUUUUGAAGAUUUGACAUUUUAUAUUCCAUAUGGUACAAGAAUAAAUAUUUUAAAUGGAAUCUAUACAACUGAGUUUGAUGAAGUUUUAACUCAAGCGAUUCCGUAUGAAUUUGGUAUGAGAAUAGACGAAAGACCUCCUGAAGAUGAUAUGCCAAACAUAAAUGCAUGUCAUUUAUUCGGCUCCGUAGAUGUUAAUAGAUUACCAGGUAUUCUCGAAAUAUCGACAAAUAGUACUGGAAAUAUCAAUGACAAUGGUAAGAGUUUCGCUCAUGUAAUAAAUGAGUUAUCAUUUGGAGAAUUUUUCCCAUUCAUUGAUAAUCCAUUAGAUAAUACAGCCAAAGUGUUACCAGAUCAGCCGUUGACUACAUAUUCAUAUUAUUUGACUGUCAUUCCUACUAUAUAUGAGAAAUUGGGUAAAAGGGUCAAUACAAACCAAUAUUCUCUGAAUGAAUUUAUUUUCAAGCAUAUUUACAAUGUAAAAUCUCAAACACAAUACGAUGAAGCAAUACGUAUCCAUUAUGAUUUUGAUGCGCUCUCCAUUUUUAUGCAUGAUACUCGAUUAGAUUUUAUACAAUUCCUCGUACGAUUGGUUGCCAUUUUAUCGUUUGUUGUAUACAUUGCAUCAUGGGUAUUUAGAUUUAUAGACAAAGCAUUGAUAUUAUUGUUAGGUCCAAGAUGGUCACUAAUGUAUGAACCGGUUAGUCAACGUGGGCUAUUAGAUUAA